AUGGCCUUCAGGGGGCCCGAACCCUGGGUCUCUGCAUCCCUGCUGAGCCAGAGGCUGAAGGCUGAGGAGAAGACACUGGACCUGGAGUUUGAAGUCUUGAGCGUGGGGUUUCACAAGGAGGGCAGAUAUGCCCUAUGGCUGUCAGCUGAGAACCCCUUGCAGGCCGGCUCCGGGGCUGGGGUGCAGUUGCAAGUGAAUGAUGGGGAACCCCUCCCUGCCUGCUCCGCUGUCACUGAUGUCAUUGAGCAGCAGGGUCCUGGCCAGAGCCUCGCCCUCACCAGGAACAAGUUUAUCUUUACUUUGCCCAAAGGGUUCUGCAAGAAUGACGGGCAGCACGAUGCAUGGCUGCGGGUGGAGGCACUAAGGCUGGACGGAGCCUCUGGACAGGCAGCCCAGCGGGUGGGCGAGGCCAUCUUCCCCAUCUACCCACGGCCGGACCAACCGCGCAUGAACCUCCUCACAGCAUGGGAGCAUGAAGACCUGUACCGCUACUGUGGCAACCUGGCUCUGCUCCGGGCCAGCACGGACCCCACAGCCCGCCACUGUGGGGGUCUGGCCUACAGCGUGGCCUUCCAUGUGCACCGGUCCCCUCAGCCUCCCACCUCAAACUGCCCUCGAGGGGCCAGCCAGCCUCUCCUGCUGGGCCCAGAGCCCCCCCUGGACCCCUCCCACAGCACGGAGCCUGAGAUCAGCCACCUGUCUCCCUCUAAUAAGGAGACCAUCAUGGUCACUCUGCAUGGUGCUACCAACCUACCUGCCUGCAAGGAUGGCUCCGAGCCAUGGCCCUAUGUGGUAGUGAAAACCACAUCUGAGGAAGCAAACAAUCAGAGAUCCAAGGCCAUCACAUCUGUGACCUCAGAGCCCACCAGAGCCCCCAUCUGGGGGGACACAGUGAAAGUGGAAAUCCAAGCUGAGGAUGCGGGUCGAGAAGAUGUGGUCCUCAAGGUGGUAGACAACAAACAGAAAGAGGAGCUGUUGUCCUACAAAAUCCCUAUCAAAUACCUGCGUAUCUUCCACCCCUACCACUUUGAGCUGGUGAAGCCCACCCAGUCUGGGAAAGACAAGGAAGCCACUUCCAACACCCAACUGUAUGCCACAGUCAUUAGAAAGACCAGCUUCAUUCCCCGCUACAUUGGCUGCAACCACACAGCUCUGGAGGUCUUUCUCCGGGGAGUCAACGAGCCCCUGGUCAACAAUCACAACCCCAUGGUGGUGAUUGCCCGGGUGGUUCCCAACUAUAAGGAAUUUAAGGUCAGCCAGGUAAACAGGGACCUAGCCUCCGUGGGGCUGCCCAUCACCCCACUGUCCUUCCCUAUCCCAUCCAUGAUGAACUUUGACGUGCCUCGGCUCAGCCAGAACGGGUGCCCUCAGCUGUCCAAGCCUGGGGGACCCCCAGAGCUGCCUGUAUGGAAUCAAUCCUUCCUCUUCCAAGGCCGAGAUGGAGCCACGAACUUCUCAGAAGACACAGCCCUGGUCCUGGAGUUCUACUCCUCGACUUCAAUGAAAGGCAGCGAGUCAUGGACCCUCAGCCAGCCCCUGGGCGUCUCUGUGUUGCCGCUGAAGAGUCGUUUGUACCGAAAGAUGCUGACAGAGAAAGGCUUGAAUGGGCUACGCAUAGAGCGACUCCCCAUCACUGACACCAACCUGAAAACCACAACUGGUGAGGCCCCCACAGUGGAUCUCUCCUUCAAGCUGCUCUCCUCUGAGAGGCCAGAAAGCUUCUUGACACCAAACAACAGCAAGAUUCUGCCCACCCUGGACCCCAAGAUCCUGGAUGAGAAGCUGGGUCCCAUCCGUGAGUCCUGGUCCAAGGCCACAGUGAGCUCCACAAUGGACUCCAGCACUUCCACCUCUCAGGGAGCAGAGGAGGAGGUCCAGGUGCUAGAUACGUACCAUGAUAUGGAGAUGAACAACUACCGGCAGGCCAUGCAGAAGAUGGCAGAGGACAUCCUGUUGCUGCGGAAACAAGCCCGCAUCCUGGAAGGGGAGAACCGCCUGCUGAGGAGCCACCUGACCCAGCAGGAGGUAGAAGAGGAACAGGGCAAAGCCAGCAAGGCCGAGAACCUGGUGUCCAUGAAGCAGAAACUGCUGCUGAGUGAGCUGGAUGUGAAGAAACUGAGGGACAGGGUGCAGCAUUUGCAGAAUGAGCUGAUUCGAAAGAAUGAUCGAGAGAAGGAGUUGCUCCUUCUGUACCAGGCUCAGCAGCCUCAGGCCGCACUGCUGAAGCAGUACCAGGACAAGCUGCAGAAGAUGAAGGCACUGGAGGAGACCGUGCGGCACCAGGAGAAGGUGAUUGAGAAGAUGGAGCAGGUACUGAAGGACAGGCUGCGGGACAGGAGAGAGCCCCCGCCCCCGCCACUGAACAGGCUGCAGGGAAAGCCCAACAUGGCCUUCCCAAUGCUCUCAGCCUCUGGCCUUCCCCUGGCUUCUACAGAAGAGAACCUGCCCGUUGACCUUUACUCAGUGCUGCUGGCAGAAAACUCGAGGCUGCGGGCAGAGCUGGAUAAGAACCGCCACCAGUCGGCCCCCAUCAUCCUGCAGCAGCAGGCCCUGCCGGAUCUCCUCUCCAGUACUUCAGACAAGUUUAACCUCCUGGCCAAGCUGGAACGAGCUCAGAGCCGGAUCCUGUCCCUGGAAAGCCAGUUAGAGGACUCAGCUCGACGCUGGGCACGAGAGAAGCAGGACUUGGCCACACGGAUCCAGGAGCAAGAAAAUGGCCUUGGGCGCCCCUCAAACUCCAUCAUCACAGACCAGCCUAAUGCAUCGACCCACUUCAAGGACCUCAGGAGGCCCUCAGAGAUGGACCCCCUGCUGCCCACCUCAGACACUGAGCUCAACAAGCCCAUCAACCCCCAAAAGGAGACCUCUAACUCUCAGCAGACCUGA